AUGUCACGACAUUCAAAAAGAAACACAAGUUUAUCAUUUUUUACAAAUUAUGAACGUUCUAUGUUAGAUUAUGGAACUAAAAAACAAAGACUUGAAAGUGAUUCAUUUCGUCAAUUUGACGCAUGUCAUCUCUGUAUGUCUCAAACUCGUGAUACUGUUUCAUGUCAGGAAAAUGGAGAUAUUUUUUGCAGAGUCUGUAUUAUGGAAAAUCUUUUAUCUCAACGUAAAGAAAUAAAGAAAAUGGAAGAAGAAAUAGAAAAAAAAAAACGUCAAGAUGAAAUUGAAGAUAAAAGAAUAGAAGGAAUUGCUAAAAGACGUGCUAUUAAGGAUUUUGAAGCACAGCAAAUGAUUGCUAAUUUGCAUCAUCAAAAUACACAUAAUGAUGAAGUUUUGCAGAAAAAAGAAAUUAAAGAAAUUUUUGAACUUGACAAAGAAGAGCUUUUAAAAAUUACAAAAAAUGACAAAGAUAGGGAAAAAAUGAAAUAUAUAAAAGAGAAAGAAUUACGAUCAAUACCAAAAAUUAAUUCUUUUUGGAUUCCAUCAUUAACACCUUCUGUAAAUACCAAAGAGACUAUAAAAAAACGGAAAACUGUACCUAUUUGUCCAGCAUCAACUGCUAAUAAGUCUCAUAAAAUAUCGCUAAAAUCUUUAAUUUCAGUUCAUUUUACUGAAAACGAAUCAUCAGAAAACAAGAAUCCACAAAGAAUUUGUCCAGCUUGUAAAAAAAAACUUUCAAACAUAUCCGGAGCAUAUCUUAUGAAGUUAUGCGGUCACGUUAUAUGUACAAUAUGUUUAGAUCAGUUUGUUCGCGAUUCUGGUGUUUGUUAUGUAUGUGAAACUAGUUUGUAUUUAGAAGAAAAAGAUGCAGCAAAAAAUAUCUCUAAACUUUCAAUUGUAGAACUCUCUAAAGAAGGGACUGGCUUUAGUGCUAAGAAAAAUGCAAUGGCUGAGAAAUUUGAUGUAGCCUUUCAAGGGAGUUAA